CCAGAGAGCAGAAGAGACGGAGCGAAUUACUUGCGCCCUACGGCUCUCCAUCACCUGGACAUCCUGGACACAGUGCAACUCCACCGCACCAUCGCACUUGUCUGUCGAUGAAGAGGGUCAGGAAGAGGGUUCCAGCCUCCUUUGCGCUCUGAGCAAGCGAGAGGCUAUGUCUAAAGCGGAGGACCACGACAUUAGAGCUCAGGAUGAGCUUGCCAAAGUACUUACGGACUUAGGUCUUAAUGCAACUUUUUGGAUUCCAAAACUACGAGAUAUUUUGGAUAUUACCCAUCUACAAGCAUUGCAGUAUUGUGGCGCUGAGGAAUUUCAAAUCAUAGGGCCACACUGCCGGCAUUCAUGGGAGAAAAAGGCAUUAUGUAAGUUGUUGGAAAUGUCGGGCAAUGAUGUAGUUGUUUCAAAACAAUCGCAGCAAUGUGAGCCGAUUGGAAAUAAACAGAAGCAAGAUGCACCAACAAAGCAGCAUCCAGAACAAAUACAUCAGAAAACAUUAACUCGCAGUGGUGAGGCCAACAUAGAGACUGAGGCAGAGCAGCGAAUGGAAUUGAAAGGAGCAAAAGAAACCCCAUUGUGUGAUGGCAGCCAUUCCAAUUAUAUGGCAAACACUUCUCUAAAGCAGUUAGAUUUAGCGGACAUUUCAACUUUACGUGGGACUAUUUCACAUCUCAGUCUUUUACAAAAUGCAUCUAAAGGACUUGCUUUGGAGGGGGUGUAUCGAACUGGUCAAAUAAAGGAUAGGUUAAAGAAAAGAGGCAAACUCUUAAACAUCCCGAUGUCGUUUGAUCUUGAUGGCCCAGUACAUCAGCCGAUGAUAAAGAAACAAGGGUUUUCAUCGUCUGAAGAGGAAAACAUAUUUGAGACGGCAGUGGAAAUAAUGGGAUUCAAUACGAUGACGACAGAAGGUUUCCUAGAGGCCUUGAAUGAAGAAAUCAACUCGCGGCAUAGCAAGGCAUUACACAUUGAAGACAAGCAACAAGAAAAUCCCACGGAUACCUGCAUUCACUGCGCCAAAUACCUGUACCUACCACUUGCCUCAGGACGUCUUGACUUUGAUCGACUCAAGCUGUCUGAUGAGGCGUUGGAGGCAUUACAAAGCGUUGAAAACACUUUUAAAACCGCCAGGGAUUCUUUUAAAACGCACGUGCUAAGAAGCAGGUUUAGAAGUUUUUUUGAGACCUUUGGCUCUCAUGCCCAUACAGGCCCUGUCCACUUUGGUGGGAUAUUUAAGUGGAAAGCGUCGACAGAGGGCAUCAGCUCAGAUGAGGAAAAGGAAGAGAGAAAUAUGCUAUCGGAGGCAGUGGAACAGUAUUCCACUUCUGCCUACAACAGCAGUGGCAGUGCAGGCGGUGUGAGCAGAAUGGCAUCCGAAUUUACAACGGAAUUUUCUGAAAAAUACAAUGCUCCACGUCUUAGUAAGGUGACAUUUUCCGUAGGUGCAAUAGGUGGAUCACCUGGCAUUUAUUCUCUUCAACAAUGGAAAACUGACAUUGUCUCCAACACCAAGGCGUGGUCUGUCAUUGACCGAGGGACAUCAUUGGUUCCAGUGUGGGAAAUUGUCAAGUUUAACCACAAGGAUAUUUUUCAAAAUACCUUGAUAGCUAGCAGGCUCAAGGAGGCAUACACACUUUUGACAAACCAAAAUCCUAGUUUUUGUCUUGAGGAUAUAUUGGUCUCUGCUAAUGCUAAAGCCAGGUCAGUGAUGCAAGAUAUUAAACAUUGGCAAGAAUCCGACAUGGAAAAUAAUCUAAAAAAGCUACUUGAUUUGAAACAAACGUUAUAUGAUGAAACGAAAAGCAAUUUAAUUUGGAUGAACACCUGUUUAUCUCACCCAGCCCUCCAAUCAUUUUUGUCAAAUCUUGUUACAGCACCUGCCAAAACGGUGAAAAUCACAGAGCUUAUGCGGUCUAUUAUGGAGCCAAACAGCUGUGAAGUUGACAGUUUUCCACAAUUCGCCUCCAUUAUGCAGUGGCUGAAUGAGUCUGAAGGAGUCCUUACUCAAUUAUCUGACUUUAAAGAUCUCGUGAACAUCUUAACAAAAGCAGAAGAACAUAUAAAAGUUGACUUUUCACCAACUUAUUCGGAAAGAGAUGAGAAAAUAAGCAAAGAAAUCACACAUGCAUUUAAUUUAUUCUGCCAAUCACUGAGAACAACAAAACUCAUCGAACAAGAGCUACUCAUCACUUCAGUCGCUUCUGCUGUUGGCUAUUGUGUAAAAGAAAAACGAUUUCAACAUCCCCUGAGUUACGACAACAUUGAUCAGCUUCAACGUGCACUAGAGUCAGCUUACGGAGAGUACUCUAGACUGAUGCAACAAGACAAAUCCAGAGCUCAGGCAUACGUGUUACGGACAGGUUUGUCUAAUGUACGGACUCUUGCCGAAAAGAGAAAACAGUUCGAUUUCAUGAGAUCCCAGGUCGAAGAAGCAAUGUGUGCUGAAGUUUCCCACGUGAUGAAAUGCAGUGAAAUAGGGCCAACUGACUGGGAUAAACUUGAUAUGAUGCUGGAAUCCAUCAUCGCUGGAACUUUCAAGGAACAAACAUGUAGUUCAAAGAAAGAGCGUACGAUGCAAAAUGCAAGAACAAUUUCCCAGGCGGAGGGGGAAGAGGACGCGUUUUUAAGGCAAGAAGAAUUCCAAAAUAAACCAUCGAUUCAACCACGACAAAAUAAUGAAGAGUUAUGGAAUCUGCUUGAAAGACUCGCACUGAUAAACUACUACCCUAAGAAAUUACACACAAGUGAUGUAUGUGUUAUCAACAUGUCUCCGAUUCAAAGUAACCCUGUUCGAUGCACAGAACAAGAACUUGCUCUUUCUUAUCUGCAAAAACUGAUGAUGAUUGACUAUCGAGCAAGACGUGUUAGUUUUCAGUGUGAAAAUCGAAACAAAGUAAAAUCAAACAAAUUUUAUCAGUCCACGUACACAAAUACAUGCCCUAAUAGUGAUGAUUUUUUUUCUGAUGAUAAUAAUUAUGAUGACAUCAUAAAUAACAGCGAUGUGCCUAGGACAAACACUGAAACCCACAUUCACCCUAUGGAUUUACAAAUGGCAAUAUUCCAUUGUGGAGACAAUUUUGUAAGGCAGUACAUUUACAACAAACUUUCAUUCAUCCAGUUUGCACUUCCGCUUUUAGUUCCAAAUCCUUGUCGUUCAGAAAUAGAAUUUCCCAUGUGGUCAUUCAGACAGAUUAAAAAGACCUGGAAUUUCCGUGAUGCGUCUACCACACAAUGGAAAUCUAAAAGCUGUGCAAUCAGUGAUGCCAACGCUGCACUCGUGUCCUUCGUAAGAUUUGGUGAAUCGCCCGCGUCGAAAUCUCAGAUAAUGAACUCUCUGCUCGGCAAUCAAACGCAUCGAGUUUUCUUCAAUAGGCACUGCCGAGGCAGCAGCAGGAAUGGUCAACUAAUGAAAGGAGUUGCAGAGAUCGCCUGGUAUCUUCCCGGUGGCAAGGACGAUGAUGUAUUUAAUGACUGCAUAGCAUUCACUAAUCUCCACGGAGAUGCAAGAGAACACAAAACGCAGGUGGAAUUUUUACAUGAGAUUUCGUCUAUAAAUGUGAUAUUACUGUCAGAUGGUGAUCGCAAUGAAGAAGGCAAACGCAUCUUAGACGAAUGUUUGAGAUCCCCAAAGCCGCUAAUUUGCCUCUGUGCUGACAAAAAGAAAGUUUCCAGUGGAGCAUUUGGAACAAACGCAAAAAUUGCCAUCGAGAAUCGAAAUGAGGCUGAGUUAAUCGAUGAAUUGGCGUCAAUAAUCAAUUGGUUUUUGGGCAAUUCAGAAGGAAAGAAAAACAUCGAAGCUUACUCAGCUCUUGCAAAAAAGUAUGGCUUCAUUGUUGAUGAAGAUGAUGAACAAUGCAAAGAUGGCAAGACCAUGGCGAAAGUUUUGCUGAGCCUUAUAAGUGACAGUCCACUGUGCUCCAGAAAGGAGACAUUUCUGCCUCUUCAAGGGAAACUGUGGCAGUCGUGGUGCAAGAAAGACAAGGAAUUGACUCGCAUGACAGUAAGGGGGGCCCAAAGCGUUGAGGAAUACAAAAGUAACAUUCUGGGAGAAAAAACACGCAUUAGGAAAGCGCAGCUUGAAAGAGCAUUUCCUCUUAACGAAUUCAUGAGCUCAUUGAUUGAAAUUUUGAACCAUUACUCACGCACAGUAAAAACAUACUUUCUGCAUUGGCUACGCAUAUACUUAGAUGAGAUGUCUGCAGAUCGCUUAUCACAACUUCAUCUCACUUAUCAUCAGGCCUGGACGGCAAUUAAAGCGUUGAAAACGCAAGGUUUUAACACGAGUAUCAUUGCUAUAAAACAAUCAGAGUUGGAUAAAAUAUCAGGCGAACUUGAUGCCUCUUCCUUCGGAAUUGAUCACGUUUUUCGGGAAGUUGGUCAGAUCUUCGAAGCGUCACAGACAACCCCGUCAGUUGCCAAAAUAUCGGCUACUUUGCCAAAGAUUGCAGCAGAAAUGUUGAUCUCUGGAUUUCCCCUUGAACUGAUGGAUGGUGAUGCUGCGCAUGUCCCUCUCAUUUGGAUUAGCUCAAUCUUGGACGCAAUCAUUGAUGAAAUUGGGAACGUGAAGCUGUUUGUAAUCUCAAUACUGGGAAUACAGAGCAGUGGAAAGUCCACGCUACUUAAUGCCAUGUUUGGUCUCCAGUUUCCUGUUGGUAAUGGGAGAUGCACCCGAGGGGCCUACAUGCAGUUAGUCAAGGUGGAGGCAGAGUUCAGUGAACAGCUGGGAUAUGACUUUGUGCUGAUAGUCGACACAGAAGGACUACGUUCUGUAGAGCUGUCAAAUGCAACACGUAGUCGUGACAAUCAGCUGGCAACGUUUGUGAUUGGGCUGGGCAACAUGACCGUGAUCAACAUUUUUGGAGAGAACCCUUCUGAAAUGCAAGACAUUCUACAAAUUGCUGUGCAGGCGUUUCUGAGAAUGAGGAAGGUGAGGUUAUCACCGAGCUGUGUGUUUGUCCAUCAAAACGUAGGAGAAGUGACUGCUCACGAUAAGAACAUGGAGGGAAGGAGACGCUUUCAGGAGAAACUCGAUGAGAUGACCCGCAUGGCUGCAGACCAGGAGCAGUGCGCUGUUGCGUCAUUUGACGCGGUGAUCAGAUUUGACGUGAACUCUCAGAUCCGUUACUUUGCUCACCUUUGGGAGGGAGACUCUCCGAUGGCUCCGCCAAAUCCAAGCUACUGCCAAAAUGUUAAAGACCUUAAAGAAAUGUUACUUCGAAAUGCGAAAAAAGAAAAAACAGUCAAUGUCUUGAAGAUAUCAGAAUUCAAAGCACGCAUUAACGAUCUAUGGACGGCUUUGCUCGCGGAAAACUUCGUAUUCAGCUUUAAGAACACAUUGGAGAUCGCAGCUUAUACCAAACUGGAAGAAAUGUAUGGAAAAUGGACUUGGGAACUCAGAAGCCAUGUUCUUCAGCAGGAAAACAAACUCUAUAACGGCAUCGAUAACAAUACAGAUGCAAUGACACGAUCACAGAUUGAACGAAUAAUUUUGUCAAACUAUCAGGAUAUUAAAAAAAAGAUUGAAGAACAUUUCAAUAGUGCAGAUGAUGCGGAAUUGUUGGUUCAAUGGAAAGUUAAAUUCGAGAAAGGAUUUGAAACAGUGAAAGAAGAGCUAGUGUCUGAUGCCUUCAAAAACUACUCUGCCCUGAUGGCUCAACAGGACAAAAAACGAAAUAUCGAUCGACAGAGAUCAAGUUAUGAAGGUCAGCUUAUUAUAAAGAGCAAGGAUUUGGCUUCAAAAUUGAGAGACAAAAAUGUAAAUGAAGCAGAAUGGGACAGGGCUUUUGAUGAAAUCUGGAAGGAUUGGAUUAAAGAGAUUAAAAACGGUAUGACCAGCCCUGCAACACUUGAUGUAAAAAAAAUAAUUGUAAACCUUCUUUACGACGCGCAUAAGAAUCAAAUUCAACACUUAAAUAAAGUGAUAUGGAAAUAUCAUAAAGGGACAGAAUUUGACAUUAAUCAAAACGAUCACAUUAUGAUGAACGCGAAAUGGCUGGGAUAUCGGAGUUACCGUUUCAAAGAUGAGGAUACUAAGUCAAUUAAAGAACUAAUUAGUGAUGUAAAAUUAAAUGUCAAUAGCUGCAUUACCACCCAGGAGAUACAUAAAACGAAUUUCAACCCAUCCUACGUACAUGCAAUUUUAGAGGUAAUGAAUUCAGACGUACAGAGAUUUUCACAAUCCAAUAAUAGAUUUAAGCUCACGGAAAAGUUCAAAAUUGAUUUAUCUGUCCACAUAUUGGCGGAGGUAACGGAGCGAUUUCAGGAAAUGCAUGAGAAUUUCCGGAGGGAAAACGACCCAUUGGUAUACUUCAGCAGGAAGAAAGAAGAAUACUUAAACAGCUUCAAAAUCCGCUGCCAAGGCGCCACGUCCACAACUAUUUUCGCGGAUUUUUUGCAUAACAAACUCAAAGCAUCCGUUCAACAGGCAGUCUACGAUAAAGUUUGCAUCGACAUUGCAGGCAGGAUGAAGUCCACAUAUCCGGCAUUCAACGGAAAUCGAUCAAAAUUGGAAAACUACAUUCUCAUAGAUUUAGCGAAGAAGAAAGAUUUCAAAGCGUUUGAUGAAUAUAUUCACCGACCGAAACAACACUUUCAGAAAUACAUUACGGAAUGUGUCGAAGAGUAUUGCAAGGGAAAAGAUAAUGCAAUAAUUCAUGAGAUGUUAAAGUCGAGGCUUGGGGAUUCCACGGCUGCAAUCACUCGUGCAAUUGACAAAGCGACUGAAAUUGUACGAGACAACGAGUGUGACCUAUCUUCGUGGCUGGAUGCGUUUUGCACACAGCUUGAUGACGCCAUCAAGCUCCCAAGACACACUUUGGACCAAGGGGACUACAGCGACAUAACGGAUAUUGAAUUUCUCAAAGAAGAAUUAACGAACGGACUAAGAACCGUGGCUCAAGGAUUGAAAGAUCGAUUUUCUUCAGCAAGCUUAGAAGAUUUAGAAAACGUUCAGAACAAACCUCACGAAAUACUUUUUCGGCAGCUGUGUGGAUGCUGGGUGCAGUGCCCGUUCUGUAAAGCCAUCUGCACAAACACGAUGUCCAAUCAUGACGGAGACCACAGUGUUGCCAUUCACCGCCCCAGGGCAGUAUGCGGAGGACAAUGGCACGAAACCGAUCACUUUUCCACCGACAUCUGCACUAGUUUAGUUGCCAGUAACUGCAGCAUAGUGUUUCCAGACAGAAAAAUACCAUGGAAGAGUUAUCGUACAGCCGGACCGGAAUAUGUUUGUUGGAGCAUAACGCCAGACUUAACCACACAGCCAUAUUGGAAAUGGUUUGUCUGCAAGUUCAAGUCAGACUUAGAAAAGCGUUAUAACCUAAAGUUUGCGUCGCUGGGAAAAAUCCCAUCAGAUUGGGAAUGUAUUAAAGAACAUGAUGUUAUUGAGGAUUUAGAGAAACUGUAGGUUGAUUAAUAAAACUACAAAUGGGCAUCCUAUGUUACAGAUGAACUUAUGAAUACGUGGCUCUGUUUCAAAGUCUGCAGAUUGUUUUUAAUGUUAUUAAUAAUAACAACGAACACAAUCCAUCAUCAAACAGCAACAUCUCUAAAAUGGCAUUGCAUUUAACGAUCGUUACAUGCAUGCAUAUGAACAUACAUUUAACUUGAGACAUUGUGGGUGUUAUAGUAAAAUGAUCAUCUGCCUUAAGACGUGAAUAUUUUCGCGCGAAAUCAAUAUGUGCAUCUUUUUAAGUCAUCCAUAAAGAAAUAUCUACAAUCAUUUCCAAUGUAUUUGUUCCUCUAUACCAUUUUUUGUUUAAACGUGCAUUUUGUUUGUGAUGCACUUCAAAUGUAAAUACAAAAUUAAGAAUAGAAAUGUCAAUGAAAGCGGUAAAUUACACAUCAGAUAACUACGUGCUUAAUAUGAAAUUGUAUAUCUACUUUAACACUUGUGAUUUUAAUCCAAAAUCAAUAUUGCAUGUUUUAAUGGUAACUUUGUGCUUCAAGUUCCCGCAAAUACUCACCAGCAUUGCGUUUUCUUCUUCAUGUUGGUGUCGGACCCCUAUUUCAUGAGGCAGAGCCUUCUCCCCUGGGUACUCUCUUCGCGAGUUUUAAUCAGCUGCUCAUCCCCUCUAAUGAAUGCCCAAGACUGGUAUUUUGCCUUUCGGACUUUUACGUUCAUCCACAAUUGCAUAAUAAUAUAUUACCAUGGGAUAGCAUAUGGCCAUUUGAAGUCAAAUCCAAAGCUGAAAAGCUCAAGUGCUGUCUUCAAGCGCUGUCGUCCCGACAGUUCUGUUUCUUCACCUGAAUAAGGCUACUUGUGUUGUGGCCGAAACGUCGUGAGAAUUUCAUUUUGUUUUAUCAUGUUUUAUUUUUUAUUAUUUUAUUGUUUCCA